AUUUUUUUAAUAAAAUAUAAAAACUAGAGCCAGAGCCAGAGCCAGAGGCAGUAUUGGUCGAGAGAGGGGAGACUUCGUUGUGAUCCUGUGGUUGAAGAGAGAGAUGGAAACUGCGAUUUGUGGGAGACUUUCUCUCUCGCCCAGCACUGUCUUCAAUCCCAAACCAGGAGAGAAGCACUCUCCUUGUAAAGGACCAUGCAUCACUCGAGGUAUUCUCAUGGCUUUAUCAGCGACAGGAGGAGGUAAAGGAGGGGGAGUGUUGGAAAGACCAGUGAUAGAGAAAACUACUCCUGGCCGAGAAUCUGAGUUUGAUUUGAGGAAAUCGAGGAAAACUGCUCCACCUUACCGUGUUAUUCUGCAUAAUGACAACUACAAUAAAAGGGAAUAUGUUGUCCAGGUGCUGAUGAAAGUCAUUCCUGGGAUGACACUCGACAAUGCUGUCAAUAUAAUGCAAGAAGCACACUACAAUGGCUUGUCAGUGGUGAUUAUCUGUGCUCAGGCUGAUGCUGAAGAUCACUGCAUGCAACUGAGGGGCAAUGGACUUCUGAGUUCAAUUGAACCCGCUAGUGGCGGGUGCUGAAACUUCAAAAAAAAGAAAAAAAAGAAAAAGAAAAGGUUUUCGAGGAUCCUUGUGGCUAUCAUUGCUAAAAGCUUUCUUCUGAAAAGCGUUAGAUGGUGUAUAUAAAUCUGUAGUGCCAAUAUUUGUAUGAGCUACUGUUGUCAUCAUGUGGUCAGGUAGUAAUUUUGAAUAAAAAGUAACUUAUUGAUACUAUUGAGUAAAA